UGGUGCUCGGAUGUCGGAUGUGAUAUAGUGAUGGUGUGAUGUGGUCAAGCGCGCCGCUGGUGCUCCUUGCAGUUUUCGCGGCCCUCCAAGCCACCCACGCCGGCCAAGCCGGGGACGUCCACGGAAAAAACAACAACAAUAACAACAAGCCCGGUCGAGGACGCGGUCGAGGCAGCAAUUGGUGGGGUAUAGCGAAGGCUGGUGAACCAAAUAAUCUAGUGCCGAUGUCUCACGGCGUUUUAUACAUGGACCCGGUGGUCCACUCUACUUUGCGGCGGAAGCAAAGGCGGCUCGUUCGCGAGAACCCGGGGGUUCUCACCGCCGUCUCGAAGGGUGCUAAUCUCGCCAUUACGGAGUGCCAACAUCAGUUCAAGAACCGACGAUGGAACUGUUCCACCACUAACUUCCUCAGAGGGAAGAAUCUUUUCGGGAAAAUUGUCGACAAAGGUUGCCGGGAAGCGGCGUUCAUCUACGCGAUAACGUCGGCGGCGGUGACGCACGCGGUGGCUCGCUCGUGCGCGGAGGGGAGCAUCGAGUCGUGCACGUGCGACUACAGCCACCAGACGCGGGCGCCGCUCAAGCACAACACGGUGCCCGGCGUCAAGAACUGGGAGUGGGGCGGCUGCUCCGACAACAUCGGCUUCGGCUUCAAGUUCUCCCGCGAGUUCGUCGACGCCGGCGAGCGGGGUCGCAACCUCCGCGAGAAAAUGAACCUCCACAACAACGAGGCCGGCCGAGCGCACGUGGCGACCGGGAUGUGGCAGGACUGCAAGUGCCACGGGAUGUCCGGCUCCUGCACGGUGCGGACCUGCUGGAUGCGGCUGCCCAGCUUCCGGACGGUGGGCGACCACCUGAAGGACCGCUUCGACGGCGCCUCCAAGGUGGCGCUCAGCAACGCCGGCUCCAUGCGCGGGCAGAACUACAAGAAGAUGCGCUACAACUCCCAGCUGAAGCCCUACAACCCGGACCACAAGCCGCCCGGCGUCAAGGACCUCGUCUACCUCGAGUCCUCGCCCAACUUCUGCGAGCGCAACCCCAAGCUCGGCGUCCUGGGGACUCAAGGGCGGGUCUGCAACGAGACCUCGAUCGGCGUCGACGGGUGCGACCUCAUGUGCUGCUCCAGGGGGUACCGCACCCAGGAGGUGACCGUCGUCGAGCGGUGCUCGUGCACCUUCCACUGGUGCUGCGAGGUCAAGUGCAAGCUCUGCCGCUUUAAGAAGACCGUCCACACCUGCGUGUAGGCUCGGGGAACGCGGAACGCACGCCCCACUGUGAUAGAGCGCGCUCUCGCGGGCGGUGCCGGCACUAGCUCCGGACUGUGAUACGGACGCAGCGGUCGGGGCCUGGUCUGCCGUGCUAAGGAAGAACACCGUAUGAACAUCCGAGAAUUGCCAA